AUGACUAAGAGCGCGAAGAAAACUAAUCCUUCUUCCUCGAAGAAGAGUCCUUCUUCAUCUUCGUCUUCGGAGGCUGCAUCAUCUGAGAGAGCCACACCAGAGAGACCGUCUCACAACACUGCACAGUCGUCGAGCUCUUGCCGGCCGAGUCAGUCGAAUGCUAAGAGUCCAACUCCUAGCUGCCAUUCACAAUCUCACCCGAGGGGGACUCCCCAGACGGGUCCUAUUUCUGAAGAGGUGGAAAAAGCCCUUGCGAUUUUCAUGGACUUCAUGAAAGCCCAUGCAAACCAACAGUUCCCACCUCCUGUCUCCUUGGUGCACGCUGAUACAAUUGAGCAGUCAAGAAACCAGAGAAGGAGAAUAGGUCAAGUGGAUGGAGGACGAACUCCAUCUCACAAAGAGCUCGGGAAGCAUUGGGAAGAGGAUACUUGUAGGACUGAGCGGGAAAGAAAAAGAAACCCCUAG